CUAUCCUUGUCCGUAAGGAGGGAGAUUUUUUGCUUAUCAAGGGUUCUUCUCCUUGCCUGCAGAUACGAUGUGCGCACUCUCGUACACACAUUCUGUGAGUGGUGCAGCUGCCCCCUUCUACUGCAAGUCGUAGAUAGGGAGAGGGGGAGGGAGAAGCAGAGCGGGAAUGACGGUAGCAAUGAACGUCCGGUCUUUGGGGAGCAGCGUAGGCGCACCCCUAUUCACUGUGCCACCGCCAUCUACCCGUGGUUUCAGGAUACCUUCCAGGCGCAUCAGAAUCCGGGCAUCAGCUGAACCUUCAGACAAAUCCGUUGAGAUUAUGAGGAAGUUUUCAGAGCAGUAUGCUCGUCGCUCAGGAACAUACUUCUGUUCUGAUAAAACAGUGACUGCUGUUGUUAUAAAGGGAUUGGCUGAUCACAAAGAUUCAGUUGGAGCGCCCUUGUGCCCUUGCAGGCAUUAUGAUGAUAAGGCUGCUGAAGUUGGACAAGGAUUUUGGAAUUGUCCAUGUGUCCCCAUGAGAGAAAGAAAAGAGUGCCAUUGUAUGUUAUUCCUCACCCCUGAUAAUGACUUUGCUGGGAAAGAUCAGACUAUUUCUCUGGAAGAAAUUAAAGAAGCGGCAUCCAAAAUGUGACCUUUCAUUUUGCCAUGCCAUUCUCGCUACUUUUGUAUAGUCUGUACUAUUAUGGUUCUUUGUGUCAGUAUUUGAGGCCAAGGAAGUAAGAAUGCAGCCAUGUUACACAAGCCUACUAGACGUUUUAUGAGAUUUUUCUGGAUAUAAUCGAUUCUUUUGCAAUA